CCGCUCGUUUUCCGGGAUCCCAGCUCAGCAGCCACGCCCAUUCAAAUCACCAUCGGAUUAUCUAGGUUUGCCCCAUCUCUUGUAAAGUUACACCGAGUCCGGAUCCGUGAGACCGGACACCGAGCUGCUUUCUGCCCGUCGAGCCGCACACUGAGCGAGUGUUUCACCGUCAUCAUGUUUAAGAAAGGAGGAAACUCUGGGCCAGAGGUGGAGGCAAUGGUGGAGGCCUCAAUCAUCCGAAUCCCCCCUCAUCACUACAUCCACGUCCUGGACCAGAACACCAACAUCGCUCGUGUGGAGAUCGGACCGCUUACCUACAUCCGCCAGGACAACGAGAGAAUCCUCUUCCUGCCAGUCCGGAUGAUCAUGGUGCCUCCUCGUCACUACUGCGUUGUGUCCAACCCCGUUGCCCGUGACGACAAUGGCCAGGUCCUGUUUGACCAAUCGGGUCAGGCCAAGCUGCGACACGCUGACCUGGAGAUCCGCCUGACCCAGGAUCCAUUCCCCCUGUAUCCCGGAGAGGAGAUCCAGCAGGACGUGACUCCGCUGCAGAUCGUGUACCCGGACACGGCUCUGCGUCUCCAGGCUCUGCUGGACUUCGAGGAGGAAGGAGGAGUGAAGAGGGUGGCCGGAGACGAGUGGCUGUUUGAAGGACCAGGAACGUACAUACCUAGGAAGGAGGUGAUAGUCCUGGAGACCAUCAAGGCCACGGUAAUCCGGGAGAACCAAGCCAUCAGACUCAGAGCUCGCAAGGAAGGCAAAGACCGGCAAGGAGUCCAGAGAGUCACAGGUGAGGAAUGGCUGGUCAGUAAGGUGGGAGCAUACCUGCCAGGUGCUCAUGAGGAGGUCAUAGACAUCGUCAACGCUUUCAUCCUGACUGACAAGAAAGCGCUGCACGUUCGAGCCCUGAGACCCUUCAAAGACGCUGGCGGCCGUGAACGUCGCACAGGGGAAGAGUGGCUGGUCACCAUGGCCGACAGGGAGGCGCACAUCCCCUCUGUGGCCGAGGAGGUGGUGGGGGUGGUGGACGUGACCACGCUGAGCAGCAGGCAGUACUGCGUGAUCCUGGACCCGGUUGGACCGGAUGGGAAGCCUCAGCUGGGCCAGAAGAGGGUGGUGAAGGGUGAGCGCUCGUUUUUCCUGCAGCCUGGGGAGCAGCUUGAAAGCGGCAUCCAGAACGUGUACGUGCUGUCAGAGGAGGAAGGUCUGGUGCUGCGAGCUGUGGAGGCGUUCAAUGACACUGAGUUUGAGAAUGAGGAGGAAGAUGAGGCUGCAGAGGAGGAAGAGCUGAUGCAGGAGAGGGCCAAGCGUUCCAAACGGAGCAUCUACCGUCGCCCUGGCGACCGCUGGAUGCUGCGGGGCCCCAUCGAGUACGUCCCCCCCGCCAGCGUGGAGGUGUUACUGACGCAGCACGCCAUCCCGCUGGACGAGAACGAGGGAAUCUACGUCCGAGACAUGAAGACCGGAAAGGUGCGUGCGGUCAUCGGCCACACCUACAUGUUAAACCAGGACGAGGAGCUGUGGGAGAAGGAGCUUCCCCCCAACGUGGAGGCCCUGCUGGCGUCCCGCAUCGACCCGCUGGCCGACCGCUCGAGUCGCCGCAGCGGUGGAGACGGAGGCCCGAGGAACAAGACCAGGGUGGUCACCUACAGGGUCCCCCACAACGCUGCCAUCCAGGUGUACGACUACAGGGAGAAGAAGGCCAGGGUGGUGUUCGGACCCGAGAUGGUGAUGCUGGGACCCGACGAGCAGUUCACGGUGCUGUCGCUGUCCGGGGACAAACCGAAGAGGGCCAACGUCAUCAAGGCCGUCUGUCUGCUGCUGGGGCCUGACUUCUUCACCGACAUCAUCACCAUAGAGACGGCCGACCACGCCCGGCUGCAGCUGCAACUCUCCUACAACUGGCACUUUGAAGUGAAGUCCAGGAACGAUCCCGCCGACGCAGCAGCUCUGUUUUCCGUCCCAGACUUCGUUGGAGACGCCAGUAAAGCCAUCGCCUCGCGGAUCAGAGGAGCCGUCGCCUCUGUCCAGUUCGACGACUUCCACAAGAACUCGAACCGGAUCAUCUGCUCAGCCGUGUUCGGCUUCGAUGAGAAGCUGGCGAUCCGAUCCAGCCUCCGCUUCGGCCAGAACAACCUGGUGAUCAGCAGCGUGGACAUUCAGUCUGUGGAGCCCGUGGACCAGAGGACCAGAGACGCCCUGCAGAAGAGCGUCCAGCUGGCCAUCGAGAUCACCACCAACUCCCAGGAGGCUGCAGCACGACACGAGGCGGAGCGUCUGGAGCAGGAGGCCCGGGGGAAGCUGGAGAGGCAGCGGAUCACGGACCAGGCGGAGGCUGAGAGAGCCCGGAAGGAGCUGCUGGAGCUGGAGGCGCUCAGCGCCGCGGUGGAGAGUACAGGAGCUGCCAAGGCCGAGGCUCAGUCCAGAGCCGAGGCGGCCCGCAUCCAGGGGGAGGCGGCGGUCAACGAGGCCAAGCUGAAGGCCGAGGCUCAGAGGAUCGAGGCGGAGGCGGAGCUUCAGAGGCUGGCCAAGGCCCGCGAGCAGGAGCUGAACUACAAGAAGGAGAUGGAUCAGCUGGAGGUGGACAAGCAGGAGCGUCUGGCUCAGAUUGAGAGUAAGCGCUUCCAACAGAUGAUGGAAAGUCUGGGCACCGACACGCUGACGGAAAUCGCCCGAGCCGGACCCGAGAUGCAGGUGAAGAUGCUGCAGUCUCUGGGACUAAAGUCCACCCUCAUCACCGACGGCUCGUCGCCCAUCAACCUCUUCACCACCGCCAACGGCCUGCUGGGGGCGCUGCCGGGGCAGGGACAGGCCUAGUGAGCAAGAGGAAGAGGAAGAGGAUGGAAAAACAAGCUAAGAUGAAGAAAGGGCACCAGCAUGGAUGUUUUCAAGGAGUUUUGGGGUAUAAAAUCCAUCAACCUGACAAUGAAGUGUUCUGCUUAUCAUAAAGAAGUUUAAGACAUAAUUAGAUCCCAGUCAGGAGAAGAAGCUUUCAGCCUCCGACCACGUUACUGAUCCUGAUGCCCGACAACUUAAGAUUGUUCCUGCUUCGCGGUAAAUGUCCGACCUGAACAGAUUUAUGUUUACUGGUGUUUAAAUGUCUGUUUCUGUGCUGAUGGAAACAUAAAAACGGGGCUGUGAACGCCUCAUCCUGCCUUAUAAAGCCUUAUUACCUAACCGUCUCCAUCUGUGAUGCUCUUAGCAAUAAAACUGGUACAUUUAU